CACAUGCCAAACGACCACAACAACCAUGGCAUUCGACGACGACGACGAUAUCUCGGCACAGCGCCCGGCCGAGUCGCCCGAGGAUGCGCAGGCCACCGCCGAGGAGGCUCUCGAAGAUGAGGCGCAGGACUUCCGCCACUUCACCACGCUGCAGCGCAAGAAGAACAUCUCCGUCUCGGCCAUCCGUAAGGGCGAGAAGGACUUCGAGUCGCAUGGCACCAAGUCGCAGGCCAGCGCGCUAGAAAAGAGCCGGCAGGCCAUGGAGGAGGUCCUCGGCUACACGCGCGUGCACAAAAACAAGGACUGGGUGCGCGGCUGGUACUUCCCCGACCGCUGGCUCGAGGACGAGGUGUUUGAGGGCAACGAGGUCAAGAGCAGGAUCGUCAAUGCGGAGAGGAGGGAGCUGCAUGCGCAGGAGAGGGUUGUCUGCAUGGGCUUCGAACACAAGACCCUCGGGAGGAAGAUAAGAGGGCAGGGCAACAACAAACCCGGCUGGGACCAGGUGUGGCUGCUGCCAGAGGAGGCGCUCUUCCUGAUCGAGAGGGGUGACCUGGACCUCUGGUGGCCGACAGCAACCAUGGACGAGAUAUUCCCACUGGGCAGCGAGGGAAAGGGCGCGGGCGCAAUACUAGACGCCGAGAAGGAGGAUGAGUAUGCCCUCGGUUUCCCGCUAAGUCUGCAAGCCGCGUACGCCCUGCUCGUCGGGAAAGAGGGCGAGAGGGGCAAGACAUCACUUCGCAACCUGCAAGUCUACUCGAACCUCAACCGUGCAGGCUUCAACGUCAUCAGAGUGCCCCCGCCGACCUCCGAUCUACCCGCCCCCAAGGGCAGCGUCGCCGGAGACCAACAGCCCGUGUGGCAAAGGCUCUUCGCCCUGCUCUACGCCGACCGACAACCCGCCCAUCCAGCGUACGGCCCGCUCCUACGGCCAGGCUUGUACAGGUCUUACAGCUCAAUCUACAAACAAAUUGCCGUCGCACCGAGAUACGACCCGACCGCGCAUCCUCCCGCACCACUAUCAGAAACCCAACACAGCCCCUUCCGCGUGCAAUUCCUCGUCUGGAAGCCCAGCGCCCAGAACUGGUCCAAGACCAAGCCACCCCCGCCCGAAUACUACCUCGCCGUCGUCGAUGCACACGACACAUCCGUGCCAACCUCGGAUGAAGUAUCAGCCCUGUUGGACUCUGUGCCGUACGCACCGCCGCCGCCGCGACUGCCGCGGCAGGGCCAGGCCCCGUUCAUGAUGCACAGGAGGCUCAAGCACGGACACCGCAACGUGCUGGUGGCGGUGAACGACCACGGUGUGAUAAACUACAUGCGCUUCGGCGAGGGCGCGUUCGGUCAAGAGCUGUUGUACAAGCUAUAUGAUGUGCGCUCGGCGCCCCGGGGCGGGAAGAGGGGCGGUGGACGUGGACGGGGUGGAAGAGGAGGCAGAGGAGGCCGAGGCGGAAGAGGCGGUUGAGCCAAGGCUGUCCCACCUAAUCCAGCACACAGCCUGACAACAGCCAAAUCGGCAUUCCACUUUAUACGUGGUGGACUUGUCCCCGCUUGACCGGUCUGAGAGUGCUGCCUUCGCACAACUUAUUCGGCUGUGGCUAGACGCGUUCCGGCCACGCCGCGUCUUCUUGGACCUCAUUCUCCAGGGACCACUGCCGCCGCGGACGCGUUAGUCAAACCUCUCCCGCCAUGUUCUAGGAGCUAGGUUGGCAGAACCACCCCAUUUCUCACAAAACCAGCCCAGUGGAGGCCUCUCUCCAAGGACCUGGCAAUCACACUUGGGUCAACUAGUGUUGCCUCUUGCGCUGGGCGAGUGCGGCGCUUCUACUCGGUCUGACUCAUUGCAGCAUAUUUCAUGCGGCAGAGUACAUGCUUCUAUCUACUCGCCUGCAUCAUGUGACCCGUCCGGUGGGAGCCGCUGGCAGCCCGUCUAUGUCGCAAGGGCAAGUGGAUGAGUUUUUAUACCGGCCGUCUUAUGCCCCGAAAGUAAUUCGAAGCAAGCGAGUGGACUUGCCACUCCCAUCGCCUUGUCAAUUACAGAUGUCACUACACGGCGAAGCACACUCUCGAAGACUACCGCUAGCCGACUCUUGGUGUCUUAGCGCUUGAGCGAAUCCGUCUGGAAAAUUCCGUUAGGAAGCGUACAGAGUGGCAGCAUCUGAUUUCGAAAACACGCACUUUGUUCGGUGACAGAGGCUACCUACUCCAUGCACACUUGGCCGUGCCGAGUCGAUGCAGGCGGGCGACGUGCUGAUCUAUAGUGCAACUCCCAGCACUUUUAGCUCAAAGCUAUGAGUGCUUAGGCAAUAAAGUCCAGCUUGGUUGGUACUUCUGAGUUACUGUGUGCUGCUCAAGUACAUCUUGGAAACACUCUAAUGGGAAAUACCUAAACUUUGGUCAUGUUUUCCUGGAAACUUUUCUUGAGACACUUCAAGAGGCGGCCCAGGCAGGGCAGUGCACGCACUGUGGGAACUCAAGCAGAGGGGACGAAGCGCCUUGGUCGGCCAAGAUCUUGGAUCACAAGAGUGGGGCCAGCCUGCCUGUUGGUACUAGGUAUGCAAAGUCGGGGCCUGGAAACCUCGGAGGCCUUGGGCUCUGCAGGAUUGAAGUCAAAGAGCUGGCACACCAGUCUGGUUUUAUGCAUGGCAUAGUUACUGCAACUUCCGAGGUUGCUUUUGUUCAAUCUUAUCCAUAUCAAAACAAAGCUGGUCGA